AUGCUGAAUAACUAAAAUGAUUAUAAAGUUAUUAAAUACAAAAAUAAAUUUGGUGAGGAUUGCGAACUAAGGCCAAGUGAAGAGUAAUUGAAAAUUAUUACAUCAGAAUUAAGGCAAGAUCAAAAGAUUAUUGCGUGUGCUGGUUCUGGAAAAACUACUACUUUAGUUGCUAGACUUAAAUAUUUGAUAGAUCACGGUGUUUCACCUGAAUCAAUCAUCAUUAGUACUUUCAAUGUAGAAGCUGGAAGAAAUAUUCAAAGUAGAGCGAUGGAAUUGAUUGGAGAAUAAUCUGCUAAAAAAUUAGAUAUUGGAAAUAUUGAUAAAAUAGCUUUCCGUCUUUAUUUUUAAUAUAUAAAAAAUAGCUAAAAUGCUUAGUUUAAGCAGUUUGGGCUUAGUGUGAAAGAGUAUUGUUAUGAAUUAUUUAAGUUUUUAUAAACAAGAGAUGGAAUAAAAUAUGUUUUAGACAGAUAUAAAUAUUUCUUUUUUGAUGAGUUUUAAGAUGUUAAUUAACUACAAUAUGAUAUAUUGAUGCUAUUUAAAAAGCAUGGAUGCUUCUUAGUUGUUAUAGGGGAUGAUGCUUAAAAUAUAUAUGGAUGGAGAGAUUCGAGAAUAGAUAUUAUAUAAACAAGAAUCGAUGAGGAUAUUAAAAAGUUUUAGGGAGCUCACAUUAAAACAUAUAUGCUUUCUACUAACUAUAGAUGCUCAAAACCUAUCACUUUAUUUUCUAAUUCUAUUAUAGCUACUUCUAAAAAUUUGAUUUAAAAAAGUAUGAGAUAUUUAGUCAAAGAAGAAGGAGUGAUUGAACUUAAACCAUACUUGUAAUGCUUUAAAGGAUUAUAUAAUUAGAAUGAAGAAAUAAUCUCUCAGAUAAAAAGUAAACUUAAAAGAUAUUAACUAAAAGAUAUAGCUAUAUUAUGCUCAACAAAUUAGCCACUCAAGUUUUUUGAAGAGGCUCUUGAAAAGCAUAACGAAAAAAGCAGUUUAAAACUGAAUUAUAUGAGUAUGAUAGGCAAUAACUCCAGUAUUUAUGGAGGUAAAACCAACUAAAGCGAACUAUUAAAAUAAGAUAGAAUUACUUUAAGCACUAUACAUAGGGCAAAAGGUCUCGAAUGGAAAGUGGUAUUUUUCAUUGGUGUAAAUGAUGAGUUUUUUCCUAAUAACUUCCUAAGAGAUCCUUCCAACUCUCUUACCAGAUUAGAAGAAUGUAGAAGAUUGUUUUAUGUAGGAGCUACAAGAGCCAUAAAUGAACUUUAUUUCGCUAUGGUUAAAAAUAAUAAAUGUCAUAAAGUAUGUAGAUUUUUUAGUGGAAUCAAUGCAGAAUUAUAUGAAAGAGAUAUAGAUAUUACAGAUAAUGAUAUGAUAGUCGAAGAAGAAAAUAUAAAAAAGGAUUUUGAAAGAGAUGUCUAAGUGACUAAAAUCAUAGAGCAGAUGGACCACAAAGAUUUAAGUGAAGCUGAUUAAUUUUUAUAAAAUGUGGAGGAAUUAGAAAUUCGUUAAAUACAUCCAAAGAGCAAUUUAAAUGAAUCUGAAAUAAGAAAUAAUAACUUGUUUGUAGAUUUAGGUUUAUAUAUCGACUUGCUAAUAUAAAGAACUCUUGCAGAAUAGCUCAAUGCUGAAAACGGUUACUCUUAUGAAUAUGCUUAGAUAGUUCUAUUUUCUAUUUUUUGGAGAUCAGAUAAGGCAGAAUUUAUUUCAAAAUAUAGCACUUUUUUUAACAAUAAAAUGCUUGAUUUCUCCGAUAUUGAAGAUGAAGAGGAUUUCAUAGAGGCAUUCAAUUUAUUCUAUAAAUUUGGAAAAGUAGAUAGAAUUUAGUAAAACAUAAAACUCAAUGGAUUUGAAAUUUAAACCCUUAGUACUAUUUACUAAAUAUUGAAAGAGUAUACACAAAAAUACAAUAUAGAAUACAGUGUUAUCACUCACUAAGUCGAGGAAUUAAAUGCCAUAGCUAAAGAGUAUUUUCCUGAAGAUUAUAAUAAAGAACCUUAUAUGAAUAGUUAUAAAAAGUUUAUGAAUCCUUAAUUAAAAUGUAACAAUAUACUUUUUGAUAUUUAUUAAGUCAGUAAAUGUGGUCAGUUAUUUGAUAUGACUAGGAGAGUCCUUUAUAGGAAUGAUUUUUAAACUCUGAACCCUAAAAAUAUUUAAGAUAACUUGAAUAAUUUUGUAAAAUACCUUUAAUCUUUUAACUAUGAGAAGAUAAAAGUAAAAUCAGUCAUAACUCAUGGCUUAAACUUAAAAGGAGAAAUAGAUUUACUAGCAGAUGAUACAAUAUAUGAAAUAAAGGCUUCUUAGUUUUAAUCUAUCUCAAAGGAGUAUAUUCUCUAAGUAAAUACUAAUUUUUUUCUUUUUAUUUUUUAGUUUUUAAAUUUACUUUUUUAGGUUUUAGCCUAUGCAGCUUUGCUUAGGGUUGCACAAAAUGUAGAAGUCAAUCAUAUUGUAUUUUAUAACCCUUUAAUUGGAAAGAUAUAUAAAUAUAGUAUCUCUAAUUGGCCUUAUGCUUAGUAAUACAUUAAAUUCUUAACUGAUAAAUCACUGUAACUAGCUAAUUCAAAGAAAAAAGUACUUGAACAAAGUGAGGCUGAAGAAAAAUAACAACUAGUUAACUUGAAUCAAAAUAAAGCAAAUAAUUCUCAGUAAAAUAAUAACUAAGAUAAGACCUAGGACACAAAUAGUCAAACUACUAAUUUUAAUGAAAUUGGUGAUUUAAUUUAGUAAAAACUUCAGGAGGAAAAAUUAUAGUCGAAGCCAUUAUUUAAUGUAUCUGAAUUCAGCUAACCAUAAAACAGGCCAAGAUCUCUAUUUACAAAACAAACUGUUUCAAUAAAAUCAUCAACUGAAUAAAAAAGCACAAGCACUGUAUCUGGAUAUAGAAAUUAGGUUCCAGAUUAGGGAGAAAACAAAAAGCCAAAAAAUGUUUAUAGAGACUUUAAGAAAUUUGUAAAGAAUGAAUAAAUUGCAUUAUUAAAAUAAAAUAUAAAAUAAACUAAAAUAAUUGUAGAAAGUGAUCAAAGCUCUGAAAACGAUGACAUAGAAGAAUAUUCUUCUCUUAAUAUCAAAAAAAUUAGCAAAAAUUAAAUUUCUAGUUCUAAUCUAUAAAAAAAUGUACUUCCGAAAUCUACUCAGAAUAUUUUAUCAUAAUUAGAUGAUAUUGAAGAAGUUUCUUCCAAAUUUAUAUAAAUAGACUGA